CUGUGAAAUUAUAUUAUGUCACGAGAUAACAGGCGCAGGAGAUCUCGAAGCCGUUCUCGGAGUCCAGACCGCAGAAGGUCAAGAUCCCGAGACAGGGAUAGGGACAGAGACAGGGAUCGAGGUAGAUCACGGCGAUCCCGAUCCAGAGACCGCCACAGGUCGCGCAGUAGAGAUCGGAGACGGUCAAGAUCUCGUGACAGACGUUCAAGAUCGAGAGACAGAUCUAGGUCACGUGAAAGAGAAAGGGAUAGGAGGUCAAGAUCUCGUGACAGAGACAGGAAGAGGAGUAGGAGCAGGUCAAGAGACAGAGAUAGGAAGAGGAGCAAGAGAAGCAAGUCACACUCUCCAGCCAAGGUCAAGCCAGUUUUACAUCCUCCAAAGCCUCAAGAGCCAACACCUGCAGAACCUAAGGAUGAGGAGGAGACAGGGCUUGACUUUGACCCUUCUAAAGUAGAUAAGGAGGAGGCUGAAAAGCGUCUUGAAGCUGAAAUGCAGAAGAGGAGGGAACGCAUUGAAAAGUGGAGAGCAGAGAAGAAGAAACGGGAAUUGGAAGCAACAAAGAAAGAAGCAGAAAAGGGUACUUUAGGAGCUAAUGUGCCCAAAGUAUCAAUAAAAGCCUGGAGUCUAGAAGAUGAUGAGGAAGAGGAGGAGGUUGAGAAUAAAGAAGGUGAUGGAAAACUAGAAGAGGAAGAUGAAGUUGAUCCUCUUGAUGCAUUUAUGUCUGGCAUUCAGGAAGAAGUGCGAAAAAUUAAUCGUGUAGAUAUUAGGGGUGGUGUAAGACGUGGAGUCAAAACAAACGUAUUUGGAAAUGAAACUGGUGGAAUGAAGAAGCCAGUUAUUAUUAUGGGUAUGGCUAAGAAAGUUAAUGCCAAAAAGAAAGGAGAGCUGAUGGAGCAAAAUCAAGAUGCAUUAGAAUAUUCAUCUGAAGAAGAGGGAGAAGAUCUAAAAGACACCAUGGCAAGCAUAAAUUCUAAAGGAAAAAAGGAGUUGGUGAAGGUUGACCAUACUACCAUAGAUUAUGUACCAUUCAGAAAGGACUUUUAUGUGGAAGUGCCCGAGAUUGCUAACAUGACAAAGGAGGAAGUUGAUGCAUACAGGGCGGAGUUGGAGGGCAUCAAGGUCAAGGGUCAGGGAUGUCCAAAGCCAAUUAAAACCUGGGCCCAAUGUGGAGUCAGCAAGAGGAUCUUAGAUGUGUUGAAGAAGAGUAAUUACGAGAAACCAACACCAAUUCAAGUACAAGCUAUUCCAGCCAUCAUGAAAGGUAGGGACGUCAUAGGGAUUGCCAAGACUGGAUCAGGAAAGACACUGGCAUUUCUUCUCCCAAUGUUUCGGCAUAUUGUGGAUCAGCCGCCACUGGAGGAUACAGAUGGUCCUACUGCCAUCAUUAUGACUCCCACUCGUGAACUCUGCAUGCAGAUUGGUAAAGAGUGCAAGAAAUUUGCCAAAAACAACUUGAGAGUAUGCUGUGUCUAUGGUGGUACAGGAAUAUCAGAGCAAAUUGCUGAACUUAAACGUGGUGCAGAAAUUAUUGUGUGUACUCCUGGACGAAUGAUUGACAUGUUAGCUGCUAAUGGUGGACGAGUCACUAAUCUCCGCAGAGUCACAUAUGUUGUGCUAGAUGAAGCAGAUCGUAUGUUUGACUUGGGAUUUGAGCCGCAGGUUAUGAGAAUAAUAGAAAAUAUUCAACCUGCUCGUCAGACAGUCAUGUUCUCAGCUACGUUCCCGCGACAAGUAGAAGCACUAGCCAAAAAAAUACUUACUAAACCAAUUGAAAUAAUGGUUGGGGGAAGAUCUGUUGUGUGCAGAGAUGUGACACAGGAGGUUGUACUUCUUGAUGAAGACCAGAAAUUCCUUAAGCUGUUGGAGAUCCUUGGACAAUUUUAUGAGCGUGGUCAGACCAUCAUCUUUGUUGACAAACAGGAGAAUGCUGACUCAUUAUUCAAGGACUUGCUGAGCCACUCUUAUCGGGCUCUAGUGCUGCAUGGUGGUGUUGACCAAAUAGAUCGAGAUAGUACAAUCUUAGAUUUUAAAGCUGGAAGAGUACCUAUCAUGGUGGCUACUUCUGUUGCAGCUCGAGGUCUUGAUGUCAAACAGCUUAUUUUGGUGGUCAACUUUGACUGUCCCAAUCAUUAUGAGGAUUAUGUUCAUAGGUGUGGCCGCACUGGUCGUGCUGGAAACAAAGGCUAUGCCUAUACGUUCCUAACUCGUGAUCAGCCUCGUUAUGCAGGUGAAAUUAUUCGUGCCAUGGAAUUAUCAGAAACACCUGUGCCUGCAGACCUUCAAAAAUUUUAUGAUGAAUAUAAGCAGAAAAUGGAGGGAGAGGGCAAAAAAGUUAAGACAGGUGGAGGCUUUCAUGGUAAAGGCUACAAAUUUGAUGAGUCAGAGGCAAACUUUGCCUCUGAGAAAAAGAAAUUUGAAAAAGCUGCUUUGGGUCUGGCAGACUCUGAUGACGAAGACAUUGAGCAGGAUAUUGAUCAACAGAUUGAGAGUAUGCUAAACACUAAGAGGACAGUCAAGGAGAUUAAGGUGACUACUGAGGUAUCUUCAUCACAAGGGGAUGGAUUAUCAGGAAUGCCUCUUGGUGGUCCUUCUGCUUCUGAUAAGUUGGAACUGGCCCGUAAAUUGGCUCAGCGCAUCAAUCUUCAGCACAAUAUAGGCAAAGAGGCCAAGGGUGCCAGUCAGCAAGCAGCAGAGUUUAUUCUUAAGGGUGGAGCAGCUAUGCAACCCACCAUAUCUGCCAAAACAGUUGCAGAACAGAUGGCACAGAAGUUGAAUAAUAAGUUGAAUUAUCAGCCACGUGAUGAUCAAGAGGAGGAGGAAGAAGCUGCAGAGGAGACUCAUCACAAGUAUGAGGAAGAGCUUGAGAUCAACGACUUCCCACAGCAGGCAAGGUGGCGUGUAACUAGUAAGGAAGCUCUGGCCCAAAUCUCUGAAUAUUCUGAGGCUGGAAUAACAGUCAGAGGGACAUUCUGUCCUGCGGGUAAAAAUCCACCCGAAGGGGAGCGCAAACUCUUCUUAGCUAUUGAAUCUACUUCUGAGUUAGCAGUGUCCAAAGCCAAGGCUGAGAUCAUUCGAUUAAUACGUGAAGAACUCGUGAAACUGAGAACCAGCGCAGGUCCUGUCAAGGCUCAGGGCAGAUACAAGGUUCUUUAGAAAGAACUCAGCAUUUUAUUUUUAAUUGCUUUAAUAAAUUUUAUAUGGUUAUACAGUAUAUAAUCAUAUGUAGAGUUCAUGAAAAUUAAUUAAUAGGAACAACUAAGAGAUGCAAUUGAUUAUUGUAAAAAUGUUUGUUUGAAUAACAAAUAAAUAGCACACUUCAAAAAUGCUUUUGAUAGAAGUUCUGGGAAAUUUGUUUACAUCAUUUGACUUAAAAGCUCUUUGCAUGCUUGAUAUUUGGCUACAUUUGGAGUUGCUACUAGUUCAAUUUGGCAAAGAUGAAUAGAUGUAAAAAUUAGCACCAAAAUGUAUAUUGGCAUUUUUUUUUUACACUGGCAGUCUCUCACCGAGGUAGGGUGUUGCAUGUGUACAUUAAUAAUGGUUCAAGAUUUCAUUAAAUGUUGAUUAAUUCUUAUUUUUUUAAUGCUUGAUUAUAUUUGCUCAUAAAGGUCUCAACAAAAAAUUGGUAAUCUCUCUUGGUCGUAUUGCCUUUAACUGGGUUAAUUUUCUUUUUUUUAAUUGUAAGCAACACUUCUCCCAAUUUUAUUCAUAGAAUUUUUUAAACUUUUGUCUUUGGAAUACUAAAUAAGAUAUAAAUGGUGCAAGUAAGACAGCUUUGAAUUAUGAAGGAACAUUGCUGGUAAAAACAAUACAUCCAUCUUCUUUUACUUCUUUCAACAACCUGGCCAUAUCCCACCGAGGCAAGGUGGCCCAAAAGGAAAAACGAAAGUUUCUCCUUUUAAAUUUAGUACUGUAUACAGUGCUCCUGGCAUUUUAGUUGCCUCUUACAACACACGUGGCUUACAGAGGAAAAUUUCUGUUCCACUGCCCCAUGGAGAUAAGCGGAAAUAAACAAGAACAAGAACUAGUAAGAAGAUAGAAGAAAACCCAGACGGGUGUGUAUAUAUGCGCUUGUACAUGUAUGUGUAGUGUGACCUAAUUGUAAGUAGAAGUAGCAAGAUGUACCUGAAAUCUUGCAUGUUAAUGAGACAGAAAAAAAAGACACCAGCAAUCCUACCAUCGUUUAAAACAAUUACAGGCUUCCAUUUUACACUCACUUGGCAGGACGGUAGGACCUCCCUGGGUGGUUGCUUUUUACCAACCUUCUACCUAGGAAUACAUCUAUCUUCUUAGUUUUAAAUAUAGACAACAAAAAACAACAAACUUUUUUCUUUAAAACAUGGAUAUUAUAAUAAAUGGGAUCAAAUUUGCUUAUGUACAGAUUUGAAACAGAUGUGAGAUUACAGUUUUUGCACAUUCUGAAAAAUGCCUCUUGUGCCAAGCAUUUCAGGCAGUCUAAAGCUAGUGAUAACCUCCAGUAUAUGGAAAACUCAUUAGAUAUUUAUUUUUGUAUAGUUUUCUUACUGUUCUUUCAUUUUUUAACUUUUAGGGAGAUUAUUUCGUGGCAGUAGUGCACUCGUAUAUGUGUGUGUGCGUGUGCAUGCAUGCAUUCAAGGUGAGGUAGAAUAUUUCAAGUAGAUUUGUUAUAGUUUUUUAACUCAGUGGCCUUUCCUGCCAAGGCAGGGUGACCCAAAGAUUAAAACACAUUCACCAAUAUUCAUUCAGUCACCAUUUUGCCAGAAGUGUGCUAACAUUACAAUUGGGUUACCCCUAAAUGCAACAUUUCCCCUUCCUCUCCUUCAGGGUGCAGGCACUGACUUCCCAACUCCAGGACUCAAGUCUGGCUAAAUAGUUUGCAUGAAUUCCCUCAUAAAAGAUACCCUGCUCACACUUUAACAGCACAUAUAUUAAAAGCCACAUGUCUCCAUUCAAUCUUAACAUGCUCACACAAAUAUGCUCACACACGCCUGCUGGACACUCAGGCUCAUAAAACUCAAAUGCCUCUUGUCCCCCCUCCCUCCAUCUAUUCCUGGAAUGAUUCCUUAUCCCUUCUACCUUCCACUCCAGGUUUAUACACCUUUUUCAUUAACCUAUCCCUGAUCAUUCUACAUGCCCAAACUACCUUACCCCCUCCUCAGUACUCUAAAUUAUACCCUUGGCCACUCCAUAUUCCCUUUUAAUUUCUACUCUCCAAAUUCUCUGCAUGAUAUUCACUCCAUACAUUGUACAUUAUAUAUUAUAUAGUUGUUUAAUAUAAAAUUAAUUUAUUUUGCUUCGUUUGAAUUUAAAUAGCUAAGGCAGAAUGUAUUUUCUGGAUAGAGUGAGACAACUUGUACUGAUAGUGCAUUGGUAAUAAGGAAUUUUCUUAGCUCACAGUCAUUAAUUGGUCUACUGAUAUAAUUAUGACAGGAAAGAUGUGCAGUAUUUUUGCUACAGUUCAUACCAAAAAUUGCUACCAUAAACUAGAGUUUUUAAUUAGGCAUCGCUUUGGCCUGUUUAUGCUGAAGACACUAUGUUGCCAGUGGAUAUAUAAGUGUGAGUGUGUAUUGCAGUUAGCUACUUGUGCUUGUGGGAGUGCAUUGAAGCUCUGGUUUGUCUCUCUAAAUUAGUUUGUGAAUCACUGCUACCAUUAUAGUAGAAUCUCAUUUAGCCCAGUAGAUACAUUCCUGAAAAUUAUUGUGCAACAUAAAAAUGUGCAGUAUGUGCACUAAAAUAUAUAGAAAACAUAAUUAGGCUCCAAACAUCUUAAAAUUAUCUUAUACAAUGGACCCCUGGUUUUCGUCUUUAAUCUGUUCCAGAAGGUAGGUCGAAAUCCGAAAUGGAUGAAAAUGGAAGUAAUAUUUCCCAUAAGAAAUAAUGUAAAUCCAAUUAAUCCGUUCUAGACACCAAAAAAUAUUAACAAAAAAUAAAUUAAGUUAGUAAUAGAACUAGGCAUUAAAAAACUCAAUAAAAGGUAAAAUAUAUACACAGUACUUUCAUUACUUACCUUAAAAUAUUUGUAGUCUUAAUGUAGGGCGAGAGGUAAGUAGUAUUUAUUUGUAGGAAGUCAGUGUAGGUAGCCAGUAGGUGUAGCCUGCCUGGGCUACAGCUACCAGCUACCUACACUGCAGCCCAGAGCCAUAUUAUUACCAUCGACAUACCAUGUUCACUGAGUUUAAUUGUUUCUAACAGCUACCCUUAGAUGCCAUCAUAAACAGAGGGAAAAGUAAUGAAUAAUUCAUGCCGAGAAUUAUAAACAAAAGCGUUACGUAUUAAGGGCGGUGACUGGGCCAACGCAGAUUCGUACACGUUAUCUCUAAUGCUGGUCCAAAGAAAACAUAAUGUUGUCCCUCCACCGACUACCAUCCCUCCAUAGCAUAUAAACAUUGCAUGUUUAUGUGCUAUGUAAUGUGUUUCUUAUAUAAUUUUGAAGAGAAUAUCAUAGAUGGAUUAAUGAAAAUGUCUAUAUUAAUGUAAAAUAAGACAUUUAAUAUGUCAAAGAGUGAUUAUUAUUACGUAUUAGUAUUAUUACUGUGCGGUUAAGACUAGAGAGGCACUCUUAGUGAAUGAGUAACAAAGACAUGUUUAUAUGCUAUGUAAUGGGUUUCUUGUAUAAUUUUGAAGAAAAUGUCAUAGAUGGAAAUCAUGAAAAUGUGUAUAUUAACGUAAUGUGCCCAAGAGUGAGUCACAAAUAUAUGAGCGGUCCAGGGGGACGCGUCUGGUAUGGACAAUUUCUGAGCGAAUGUACACAACCUGAGGUAAAAUUUUGCCAAAAAAAGUGGUCGAAAUCCGAAUUGUACGAUUUCUGCACCGGAUUUAAUCUGGGGGUCCACUGUAUAUUUUUUUUAUCACCAACCAUUUCCCACCAAGGUAUUGUGACCCAAAGAAGGAAACACAUUCACCCUCAUUCAUUCAGUAGUUGUUUUUACCUCAGUUCAAAUGCCUCUUCUACACACAAUAUCUCUUCCUGAAUUGUAAUGCAGUUUGUGUACAGUAAUGCAUGAUUUGCCUUCCAUCUUAUAGCUUAGGUACUGCAGCCAACUACAUUCCUGUUACUGACUGAGUAGUCAGUACAUUUGAGCAUGGUGGCAAAUGGGAAUCAAUACCAGCACACCUUGUUAAUACAGUGCUUGCUUUAGAGCGCUUUGCUAAUACGGUGCUUUUCAAUUAUAUUCAUGUUUAUUAUUUUUGGUGCUUGCCUUGUUCUCAAGAUGGUUUUCUUCAGUUUUCAAAAAAAAAAAAAAUUUUUUACUUGCGUAUCUUUUUUAUAAGCUUACUGCUAUUGCUGACUUAAUAAAUGAUAGUGUAAACAUGCUUUUAGCCUUUUAUAUGCACUGGCAAGUGAAAAAAAGGCUGUGAUCACUUUAUGGUGAUAUUUGCUUUAUGGCAGUAGUCUGGAACUUAACCCACCAUAUUAGUGAGGUAUGACUCACGAAAUCGUAAUGACACGAUUGCAAACAAACCAUACCAUGGGCGGGAUUUGAACCCAGCUAGAGUUUGUCAUGGCCACGCUAGCUGGAGAUUCGUCUGUAAAAACUUGCAUUUGUGGUCACAGUGGUGCCUAUGCUAACCUUUCUAUGGUGUAGAAAUAUACCUAGUUGGACGAAUCUUAUUGUGGCUAGCUGGUCCAGUGGCUAAUGCGAUGGUCUGGAGUUUUGAGAGACUCUGACCGCGGGUUCAAAUCCCGCCCAUGGCAUGGUUUUUUAGUGAGGUAUGCCUGUACAUGCAAGACUCUGCACUUGUUAAUGCAGUAUACUGUUAAAAACUGUACACUACUACUAAUUUGGACCUUAUCAGUUGAUACAAUAUCUUCUACUUCUAUACUUAUUCUAAAUGUACAAAUGUUGAAGAACUUUGCAUUAUUCCCUAAAUGUCCAAAAACACAUUUUUUAUAGGUAGUCUCUUAGAUUAUUGAAACCUCUCAGUCUUAUUGAGUUUCUGUUGAUUUGACCCUUCUUAACCAUCUGUGACAUUAUUGGUGCCAAGUAAUCACCACUGAAAGUUAUUACCAUCUCUGUAACAGCAUAUUGCUUGGCAUAUUUUUCCCCAAGAAACUUCUUGAAAAUCUGCCAAUGAUAUUAAAGCAGUGUUGCUGCAUAGUGAGUACUGCCACUGCAUGAUGAAUAUUUUCUGUAUAGUAUCAAUCCUUGCUAGGACUAUAUGUUUUAAGGUAAGUAAACUUUUGACAAUUAUUACAUGUACAGUAUGAUGUAUAAAUUUAGAGUUUUCUAAAAAGUAAAAUACUAAGAGAGCUUGGUUUUUGAACAGUGUCCUUAUUCUCCUGUAAUCUUGUUUUUCUUGCAUUUCCACUUCUCUUUCACCAUUCUAUUCUUUUUAGAGCCUUCUGUCAUUUGUGUGAAGGGAGUCCAAGUCUCGCCACUUUUUCCUCCCAGGAACCAGUUGGUCAUUAUGUGUGCUGUGCAGUGCAAAGCAUACAUCCAUCCACAACAUACUGUAAAUUUGCUCAUUGAAACCAUUGCACAUAAAAUAAAUGAAGUACUAAAAACAGUAAAGAAAAUUGUAAUAGACCAAAAAUAGUAAUUUUUUUUUUUUUUUUUUU